AUGGCCACUCAAGCUCCUAUUACCCACUUCACCGGUACACGCGUCGCCAUCGUCACAGGUGGUGCUCAAGGUAUAGGCAAGGCCAUCGCAUUGCGCCUCGCCGCAGACGGCUUUGAUAUCUGCGUGGAUGAUGUCGCUUCCAAGAUCCAUCUCUCAAAGGAAGUCGUCGCCGAAAUUCAGCAACUCGGUAGAAAGGCCAUCGCGCUUCCCUACGACGUUACCAAAGAACAAGAGGUUAAGGAGAUGGUGGAAAAAACAGUGGCGGAGCUUGGAAGACUAGACGUGAUGGUUGCAAAUGCUGGAAUCAUACAAGAUCAUUUGAACAGCGUCAUGGAAGCAAAUAUCGACGAAUGGGAGUCUAUUUGGGCAGUCAACGUGCGCGGCACGGUGCUCUGCUAUAAGUACGCCGCCAUCCAAAUGGUGAAGCAAAAUCCUGGAGGGCGUCUCAUCGGUGCCUCCUCGAUCUGUGGAUUGCAAGGCUUCGCCAACGCUGGAGCGUACUGCAUGUCCAAGGCGUCAGUUCGUUCGCUAACUCAAACAGCAUCGUUGGAGUUGAACAAACACAAGAUAACCGUCAACGCGUACGCACCUGGAGUCAUCGAGACCCAGAUGAAAAGAUACAUACCAAAGUUCAAUGGUCGCGCGGGGAUCCGCAGCGCCCUCGACAGAAUCUUCGACCAAGACAAGCCUGGAAUGAAGGGGAUGAGCAUUCCAGAGCAGGUCGCAAGCCUUGUAUCUUACCUCGCUUCUCCCGAAUCCCAUUUUCUGACUGGUCAAACGAUUGCUAUUGAUGGGGGCUUGGUCUUUAACUAG